UAAAAUUUCUUAAGUGGAGGGCGUAAAUUCCCGACCAGACGCACCAACUAGUCGGUGAAGCAUUUCAGUACCGAGAUUUGUGGUCAGUAAUCGUUUGCUUGUGGGAAGAGCCGUUUGGUGGACGAAAUGGCGCAGGAGAAAAUUACCCUGGCCGAUGCGCUAUCCAAUGUGGAAGUGCUGGAUGAGUUACCGUUGCCGGAUGAGCAGCCCUGCAUCGAAGCUCAGCCCUGUUCGGUUGUGUAUCAAGCUAAUUUCGAUACUAACUUUGAGGAUCGCAAUGGAUUUGUGACUGGUAUCGCGAAGUAUAUUGAAGAAGCGACGACGCACGCGAAUCUGAAUCAACUGUUGGACGAAGGACAAAAGCAUGCCGUUAUGUUGUACACCUGGCGAUGCUGCUCCCGAGCUAUCCCGCAGCCCAAAUCUAAUGAGCAACCCAACCGGGUGGAAAUUUACGAGAAAACUGUUGAAGUUUUAGCCCCGGAAGUCAACAAGCUUCUCAACUUUAUGUACUUUCAGCGGAAGGCAAUCGAAGCCUUUUCCGGGGAAGUUAAACGUCUCUGUCACGCCGAAAAACGUAAGGAUUUCGUAUCCGAGGCUUACCUUCUGACCCUAGGCAAAUUCAUUAACAUGUUUGCCGUGCUAGACGAACUGAAGAACAUGAAAUCGAGUGUGAAAAACGAUUACAGUACCUACAGGCGAGCGGCCCAAUUCCUCAAGGUGAUGAGCGAUUCCCACACCCUCCAGGAAUCCCAAAACCUUUCCAUGUUUUUGGCCACCCAGAACAAAAUUCGGGACACCGUUAAGGACACCCUCGAGAAAAUCGCCGGCUACGAGGAGCUCCUUUCGGAUGUGGUCAACAUCUGCGUUCACAUGUACGAAUCCCGGAUGUACAUGACCCCGGAAGAGAAGCACAUGCUCGUGAAGGUAAUGGGCUUCGGGCUGUUCCUCAUGGAUUCGGAAAUUUGCAACAUCAACAAGCUGGACCAGAAGAAGAAACUCAGACUCGACCGGAUCGAUCGGAUCUUCAAGAAUCUGGAGGUGGUGCCGUUGUUUGGAGAUAUGCAGAUUGCACCUUUCAACUAUAUUAAACGGAGUAAACACUUUGAUCCGAGCAAGUGGCCGUUGUCCAGCUCCCAGGCAAUAAGUCCGCAAGCGGACCUGAUGGUGCAUUUGCCCACUAUCCGGGAGGAUCACGUGAAGUACAUUAGCGAGCUGUCCCGGUACAGUAACGAAGUUACAACCACUUAUAAGGACAACGCAACCGAUGCGGAAAACAAAGCAACGGCCGACCUGGCCCUCCGGGGCCUGCAACUGCUAGCCGAGUGGACCUCGGUCGUAACGGAACUGUACUCGUGGAAACUGUUGCACCCAACCGAUCACCACCAGAACAAGGAAUGCCCGGUCGAGGCGGAAGAGUACGAACGAGCCACCCGUUACAACUAUUCCGAUGACGAAAAGUUCGCGCUGAUUGAGGUUAUUGCAAUGAUUAAAGGGCUGCAGGUGCUGAUGGCUCGUAUUGAGACGGUACUGUGUGAGGCGAUUAGGCGUAGCAUUUAUGCGGAGUUACAGGACUUCGUUCAGUUGAUGUUGAGGGAACCGUUGCGAAAGGCGGUAAAAAACAAGAAAGAUUUGAUACGGUCGAUUAUUAUGUCGGUUCGGGAAACGUGCGCCGAUUGGCAGAAGGGUUCAGAACCGUCCCACGAUCCUGCCGUUAAGGGGAAGAAGGAUCCGGACGGUGGUUUCCAGAUUGGGGUACCGCGGUUGAAUGUUGGACCAUCGUCGACGCAACUGUACAUGGUGCGAACCAUGUUGGAGUCGUUGAUUGCCGAUAAAUCUGGAGGGAAGCGUACCUUGAGGAAGGAUAUCGAUGGGUCCUGUUUGCUGCAGAUCGAUACGUUCCAUAAGCUGUCCUUUUACUGGACUUACCUAUUGAGCUUCAGCGAGACUCUACAGAAGUGCUGCGAUUUGUCGCAGCUGUGGUAUCGGGAGUUCUAUCUUGAGAUGACCAUGGGGCGGAAAGUUAAUAAAUGUCUUGUUCGUCAUCAGCACAACGAGGAGUGUAACGAUUUGAUCACCAUGGAGAAACGUAUCCAGUUCCCGAUCGAGAUGAGUAUGCCGUGGAUUUUAACGGAUCACAUUUUACGGACCAAGGAACCUUCCAUGAUGGAAUACGUACUGUAUCCGUUGGAUUUGUACAAUGAUUCGGCACUGUACGCACUGACUAUUUUCCGGAAGCAAUUCCUGUACGACGAGGUGGAAGCCGAAGUCAAUCUUUGCUUCGAUCAGUUUGUUUACAAGCUAAGUGAGCAGGUUUUCGCCCAUUACAAGCAACUGGCUGGAAGUAUCUAUCUGGACAAACGGUUCCGUGUGGAAUGUGAAGUUCUAGGGUUUAACUUCCAAUCGUAUCCGAAGAAUAACCGAUAUGAAACGUUGUUGAAGCAAAGACACGUUCAGCUGCUGGGACGUUCGAUCGAUUUGAACAAGUUGAUCACUCAACGUAUCAAUGCAGAUAUGCAGAAAAGCUUGGAACUAGCGAUUUGCCGUUUUGAAGCAAGCGAUAUCACUGGCGUUGUAGAGCUGGAAGCUUUGCUGGCAGUAAACAAACUAUGUCAUAAGUUGCUUUCCCGUUUCCUGGCUUUGGAUGAUUUCGAUGCAAUGCUUAAAGAGGCAAAUCACAACGUACUGGCACCCUACGGAAGAAUCACUCUACAUGUGUUUGUUGAGCUAAACUACGAUUUCUUGUCCAAUUACUGUUACAAUGCUGCUACCAAUCGCUUCGUGAGAAACAAGCUACAGAUAAACUUCUCCGGGGCAAUCACCCGUGAAAAGGCACCAGUCAUGUCGCACUACUAUCUUUGGGGAUCGAAACCCCUCAACGCAGCUUACUCGACUCAAUACGGUCAAUACACCGGCUUUGUAGGUUCUUCCCACUUCCACGCCAUGUGCCGACUUUUGGGCUAUCAAGGAAUAGCUGUAGUAAUGGAAAUAAUCCUCAAAGACAUCGUUAAACCACUGAUCCAGGGAAAUUUACUCCAGUUCACCAAAACCCUCAUGAUAGCGAUGCCAAAAUCUUGCAAGCUUCCACGUUGCGAUUACGGAUCCCCAGGUGUCCUAAGCUACUACCAGGCACAUCUGGUAGACAUAGUACAGUACCCGGAUGCCAAAACCGAACUCUUCCAGCUGUUUCGAGAACUGGGCAAUUCGUUGCUGUUCUGCUUGCUCAUCGAGCAAGCUUUGUCCCAGGAGGAAGUUUGCGAUCUGCUUCACGCGGCUCCUUUCCAAAAUAUUUUACCGAGACCGUACUGCAAGGAGGGUGAGAAGCCAGAAACGAAACAGAAAAGGCUAGAGGCUAAGUACUCUUCGCUGCAGAUUGUUUCCAAUAUCGAGAAGCUGGGAACUGCUAAGCAAGCUAUGAUCGCCCGGGAAGGUGACCUUUUGACGCGGGAACGUCUCUGUUGCGGCUUGAGCAUCUUUGAAGUCAUCCUGGGUCGCGUUAAGUCAUUCCUGGAUGAUCCUGUUUGGGCAGGUCCCCCACCCGUAAACGGAGUCAUGCACAUCGACGAGUGUUCCGAGUUCCACCGGCUAUGGUCAGCUUUGCAGUUCGUGUAUUGCAUUCCAGUUGCUGGAACCGAAUACACCGUGGAAGAACUAUUCGGAGAGGGACUUCACUGGGCCGGUUGCGCAAUUAUCACUCUGUUGAAUCAGCAGCGCAAAUUUGAGGCACUCGAUUUUUGCUACCACAUUUUGCGCGUUCAACGGGUGGACGGAAAAGAUGACACCGUCAAGGGAAUUAACCUCAAACGCAUGGUCGAUCGGAUCCGUCGCUUCCAGGUGCUCAACUCCCAGAUAUUCGCCAUCCUGAACAAGUAUCUGAAGAGCAACGACCUGGAGGGCUCGAAUGUGGAACAUGUGCGAUGUUUCCCGCCUCCGCCGCACCCAACUGUGGUACCCUCCCACUAUCACGAUCCCAACAAACUGCGGGCCCAGUAAAUGCGCAUUAUUCUUUAGAGUUGUAAAUUUAUGCAUUUCUUCCCCAUUCUUCUGUCGGUUAGAGCAGAUCAUCGUCAUCCCUAUACCGCUUCGCAUCGUGACACGUAAUCGGUUUCGUUUUUAAAUUCCAUUUCUUUUUCGUUUUAAAAUCAUUAUUUUAGAAGAGCUAUUUAUUUUUCAUAUUGCAAAGUUUAAUACAAAAAAUUACACUUCCGAUUGGUUUAAGAAUGUAGGUUUAGGAACCAGAAUGGUUCCUAAAAUAAAAGUUUAAACACGAAAGAGUUCUAUCGAUAUGUUAAGAAAUUAUUUAGGUGUUUUUAGUUUCAAAUUUCUUUACAGUAGGCAAUAUGAGGUGAUCUUUAAGGAAGCGUUCGAGAUUAUGUUUUUUUUUUCUAAAAAGAUUAUCUGAAAUUCGAAAUACGCGUUAGUUAGAAACAUUGUAUUGCUUUAAGAAAGCAACUAGCCGACAUUUACAACAUUAGAGGAUGCUUGCAAAAUUGAAGGAAAUAAGUUCAUUUGUAGUUCCAUCAGUAACUCACUAACUUUUUCAGAUGAAAUUCAUCUGGAGAAAUAUUGCGGUAUAAGACAACAAUCACUGGUGAAAAUCUGUGUCUCCACAGAGAAAAAAUCCGGAGGUAAACCUACUUCGUCGAAGAGUGUUGGAUAAUAAUACCACGGAGUAGCCAUUGGUAUUGUUCACGGAUUGGGAGCGGCAACCAGAUUGUAUCUCCGCAAGAUUUUGGCAACUUUUCCAGUCAGACGCGGUAUGUACGGUUGAGAUACGAAGCCGUGUGAAAAAAUUAAGUCGAACAUCUUCACGAAGCUCAAGGACCCAUACCGGUAAUGUCGUGUACGCCACCUCAUGCUCUUGCGGUAACGAGUACAUCGGGCAAACUUCUCAAACAUUAUUUAAACGCAUCAUCACGAGAAUAACGUACGCCUAAAAAAAACAUCCACGGGUUUGGCGCAACAGGCCUUAGACAACGGUACCGUUCACGUUUUUGGUUUCUCUAAAACGAGAAUAUUGGAGAGAAUAACCAACACGACCCACCGACGGAUAGCCGAAAAACUGCACAUCAAAAUGUGAGAGAAUCGAGCGGUAAACAUCCAACAGGAUACCAAAGGUAUCUCAAGCGUCUACAAUGGUCUCUGGAAAAAGCUACGAGAAAAACACGACGCGGAAGUCAGCAACAACAACUGUGACUGUGAAAAUUAAAAUUUGAUUGCCCCAGCAGGCGUAUAAUAGCGAGUGUAAGAAUUUUUUUUUAAUUUCUUGAAUCAAUAACAAGUUUAAUUUUUUUCCCGUUCUGAAGAUGGUUGAAAAUGGUUAAUGAAGUAAACCGAAACGUAAACUAAAUAAAUUCAAGUUAUUAUUACAUCACCGAGAAUUAAUCAAUCAAAAAUCAAGAAGAUAUAAGAAAUUUAGUAUUCCAAGUUCAACCUCCAAGCAGAACAAGUAUCUCUUUGGCACUGCCCAAAGUGCUUCCAACAGCAGGUUAUAUAUUCAGCACUAGUGGAAAGGAGGAAAAGCAGUGGCAAGUGCCAGCGCCGAUGGAAGGACAACGAGCCGAAGCUCGGAAGGACAAGGAAUCAGGAACCAUUAGGAAGUCAUAUAGGCAGAAAUCAUAGCCACUGGAAGGUCGUCGGUGCAGAGUCAGGGACCGUGGAAGGUUGUCGGACCAGGAACCAACUGGAAGAUCAUCGGAUCAGGAGGCCAGGUUGAGGUCGACAAGCCAGGAAAACGGGUCGUCGGACAGGAACCAUGGAGGGUCGUUUGGUCGGAUCCUUGGAAAGUCGGCGAGUCGGGAGCCAGCGAAAGGUCGUCGUGCCAUAAGUGAGGCGUCGGGCUAAAAUAAGAGCGUCGAGCUGGUACCAACAAAGUCGUCGAACCGGUGCCAUGAAGAUAGCUGGGCUGAAACAACGAAGCAGGCGUCGGGCCAAAUUCACUGGUAGGUCAUCGUACCGAAAGCAAUGGAAUGCUGACGGGCCGGUAUCAUGGAACGUCGUCAAGUCAGGCACCAGGUGAUGGUCGUCGGACCAGGAGCCACUGGAAGACUUACGAGCAGGGUACCACGAAAGGUCGUCAAACCGGUGCCAUUGAAGGUCGACGGGCUAGAACCACUGGGAGGCACAGGCAUCAGGAAAGGAGUCGAUGCACAGGAGAAAGGUUCGAACCACAGCAAGGAAGUCGAGACCAGAAGUCAGCUUGAAGGUCAUCGGAUCAGAGGCAGAUGGAGAUCGUCGGAUCAGGGAUCGUGGAAGGUCGUCGGACCAGGAGCCAAUUAGAAGGUCGUUAUACCUAAAGGCCAGUUGGAGGUCGUCGAGCCAGGAAUCAUGGAAAAUCGACGGAAUGGAGCCACUGGAAGGUCGUCGAGCUUCAACAGGAGCGAGAGUGUCGAGGCCCUAUCUUCAGGAUGUGCUGCCGGAGGCAAUUGGAAGAUAGCGAAUGUGUAUGUUGAGGAGGAGUGUUGAGAUUUGUCUCAUUAAAGCAAUCGAUAACAGAAUACACAUAAUUAAUAAACAAUUGAUAAUUGUACGAUGGAAAUGGUUAAGGUGGCGAAUUGCAGGGAAAAAAGAAUUCCAAGUUCUACCUUCAAGCAGAAUAAGCCUCUCCUUUCAACUACCCAAAGUGUUCCAACAACAGAUCUCGCAGGAUGCGGAGAUUUAACUGAACGAAGUUCCUUUGGAGGAUUGUUUGGACAUCAUCAAGAUAGCCAUCAACUCAACAACGUAGCUGAAAUCGCCGCCUGCAGGGAGGGGAGCUCAAGGAGCUGCAUCGUUCCCAGGAAACACGAGAGUUCUACUGGAAGCUCAACGAAUUCCGAGAAGGCUUCGUGCCGCGAGCCAACAUGUGCUGAAGAGGUGAAAACUUAUAAGGCGCUCAUACAAUAGACCAAGAUGGAAGGGGAAGGUACUCGCCGGGGGAACAAAUGACUCAGAGGAGCCACUCCCAACGAUCAGUGAAGUUAAGAAAGCCAUUCGCCAGCUGGUUAGAGGCAAGUCGUCGGGGAACCCAGUCUAAAUACUGUGAGCAAAUCGCAGUUAAGUUCAUACUUAUCUGAUUGGACGUUAUUAGAAUCGACAUGCGGGAUCACACAUUGGCGAUCCUGCCAGGCGCUUUCAAGCUCAAUUUUGAGACGUAACUUAAAGAAACUCGAAUGAUUUGAUCAUCAUACGUCUGGAAGACAGUCAUGAGCAAAGAAAGUUGUUUGGUAUGACUCAAUAUUGUAUCUCAUUAUUCUCAAGGGAUUAAUGAAAACUUUAACAAAUUAAUUUCGAGUUAUGUUUAUUGGCUGACAAUUUUUUUCACCGAUUGCCAUGAACAAUUGUAGCAAUUUAUAAUGUGAACAAUGCAUGAUAAAGGUACCUUUAUAUUUAAGUUCGAUAAACAUAUGUUGUCGACUGUUUACAAUUAUUGUAAUUAUCUUCCAUCGCGCAUUCGUUUCCUUCCGAUUUUGCAGCAUCCGAAUUUCAUCGAAAAGACAUUUACAGAUAACAUAUAAUACCUUAUAAGGACGAACAUUUCGAUUAAUACACACCAACAUCUCAUGAUAUAAAAAAAAACUGUAAACUGCAUUAAACCUAAGAUUUAGUAUUCUAGAGACCGCUUAUCGAGUAAUAAAACACUACAAGUUAAAUGAUAAA